GAAUUAGCACACUCCAUAAAAGAAGGCAGUUAGCUAAUGUCCAUUGACAUAUUCCCCUGCUAUGUUAGAAAAAGAAAACAGAGAAAAUGAGAUGCAGAGCUUCAAGAAUCGUCGAUAAUUUAUUUACACCCACAUCAACAGGUACAGUAAUCAUGCAAAACAUAAGUUUUGUGUAUGCUGAUAAUUCUCCUGAUCAGAGGAGACAACUAUGGGAUGAAUUAGUUGCUCUAAGCAGGGUGCUGCCUGAAGUGCCUUGGAUUCUGAGAGGUGACUUUAAUGAAGUUAGAUAUCUGCAGGAGAGGUCUGAUUGCAUCCAAAACAUGCAGUUCUCCAAGGACUCUGAGUUCUUUAAUGACAAGUUGAAUGAUGCUGAACUUUCUGAUAUUCCUGCUUUUGGACCUAAAUUUACAUGGUCAAACAAGAGAAUAGAAGGACUCAUUGUUAAAAAGCUUGACAGGGAUCUGCAAGGAAGCGUUCAACAGGAGACUUCAAAAUUACACGCUAUCCAAAUUGAUUUGCUAGCUAAUCCUCAUGAAGAUUUGGUUUUGGGGGAACAGGAACAGGGUAGGAGGGUGGCAGAGCUAUCACUUGCUGAAGAAGCCUUUCUGAAACAAAAAUCUAAAGUGCAUUGGCUACAGGUUGGAGACCAAAAUACUACUUACUUUCAUAAAGUAAUGAAAGUUCGACAAAGUAAGAACCUGAUAAAAGAAUUGCAUACUGAAGAUGAUAAAAUACUUACUGAGCAUGAGGAUAUUGCAAAUGAAGCUAUUGGUUUUUACCAAGCUCUCCUAGGGAGUGAGGAUCCGUAUUGCACUGGGGGGGAUCUUGAUCAGUUGAAAGCUCUGUUUGACUUCCAACUAUCUGAAGCAACUCGAGAAGCACUAAUUCAGCCAGUUACAGCAGAAGAAUGCAAAUUAGUUCUUUUCAGUAGCCCAAAUAACAAGAGCCCUGGACCAGAUGGGUAUACUGUUGAGUUCUAUAAAAGUGCUUGGAGCAUUGUUGGAGACUUGGUUACAAAAGCAGUACAAGAAUUCUUCUCAACAGGGAAGCUCCUUAAAGAGAUUAAGGCCUGUAUCACCUCCCCUAUGUUCUCAAUUGCUCUAAAUGGAAAUUUAGAAGGCUAUUUUCCUGGUAAGAAAGGGAUAAGGCAGGGCGAUCCUUUAUCACCAUACCUUUUUGACCUUUUUGUCAUUUGUAUGGAGGUUUUAUCAUGGAUGCUCAACAAAGUUGCCAAGGAGGGAAUGCUACCUUUCCAUCCCAAAUGCAGUAAUGUUGGACUAACUCAUCUAUGCUUUGCAGAUGGUUUACUAGUGUUCACAGAUGGUUCAGCAAGAGCAAUAGGCUCUAUAUGGGUUGCAUGGGUGCAAACAUAUUUGUUAAAAGAAAAGAGUUUCUGGUCAGUAGGAAUUCCAGUAGACACUACUUGUAGUUGGAGAAAAAUCCUAAAACUUAGAACAUAUGCUAGACCUCUCGUGAAGCAUAUAGUAGGUAAAGGUGACACUAUUUUUCUCUGGUCUGAUUCUUGGCAUCCCAAGGGACGUCUUAUUGAAGUAUAUGGGCAGAAAAUUAUACAGGAUGCAACCAUUCCCUCUCAAGCAAAACUGUCUCAUGUAAUCCAUGGGGAUUAUUGGAAAUGGCCUCCUGCUAGGUCCCCUGAACUGCUGCAGAUUCAAAUUGCUUUGUGUAGAACAUUCUAUCCUAAUCAGGCUGUGGAGGAUCAAGUUGUUUGGUUGGCUUCUCCAUCAGGUUCUUUUCAAACAGGUGCUACUUGGAACUUCCUUAGAGAAAAAAGAUCUAAGGCACCCUGGUUCAGACUCAUUUGGUACUCAAAUUCUAUUCCCAGAAAUAGUUUUAUUGCUUGGCUGGCUAUAUUAGAUAGACUCUCUACCAGGUCUAGACAGAAAAAUUGGUCUUCUUCCAUUGAUGACACUUGUGUGCUGUGUGGGAAUGCAAGUGAAACUAGGAAGCAUCUCCUCUUCUCCUGUCCCUACACUACUCAUAUUAGGGAAAAGAUUUCUUCUAUGCUGGAAAUCACAUUAAACUGUGUUUGGCAAGAUGCUUUGGAUUGGUUGUGUAAGAGAAUUAAACAUAAGGCUUUAUACAGCUCUCUUCUUAAAUUAGCUUGGGGUGCAUCAAUAUAUCAUAUCUGGAUUGAAAGAAACAGAAGGAUACAUAGACAGCUAUACAGAUCUCCUUCUGCAAUAAUUGAUAUGAUUCAAAUGGAUGUCCGAGACAGAGUACUAGGGUCUGUAAAGGAAAGGUCUUCUCCCAUGUCAAGGAGAAUUGCAGCUCAAUGGGGAUUAGAAAUUUUAUGUACAGCUAAGGUUUGAACAUACAGUAGUUUAGGAGUUGUUUCAUUCUUUGUACUGACAUUAGUAGCAGCCUUAACCAAAAGAGCUGCUUUAUAUAAAUUUUGGUGAUUUUGGUAAUAAAUUCACAUUUUACCC